AUGGUCUCCUUGAAAUACGCGCGGGAGCAGCAGGAGGCGGCGCUGCGGCGCGCGCGUUUCGAGGAGGCACGACGUAUUGGGAGUGCGAUGGGGGUGCAGCGGGCCCGUGCAUACGCGGCACAGAAGACUGUGCAGGCGAUGAGGGUGCGAAACGACAUGCGGAAGCAGUGGGAGUGCGAGGUGCAGCAGCAGGCCGCACUCAUUGAUCGAGUCCUGUAUGACGGACAGUCGAGGCUGGGCGAGGGGAUGCGAGGGGCGGCCGGACUGACGGCGGCACACCAACAGCACGCAAGCGACGAACUAAACGCGUGGGUGGCGGAGCACACACUGGAGCGUGAGCGCCACCGCAUCGCCAUGGCCACGGAGCGUGUCACGCGGGCACUGCAAGAAGAGCCUCAUCGUGGUAUUGUGGAGCGCAAGAGGGCCACGCGGGGGGUCGAGGAUAGACGUAGCAAGGCGAGGAUUUCUAGACCGUUACCGCGUCCGCCGUCCUUUGCGUCACACAGCUCUCCGCUUGUUGGCGCUCUUUCGUACACAGCAAUUGAGCGCACGUCUCCUCCAGCACCGGCCACAAACACAACGCUUGCGACUGAAGAUGGGGACAACGCGCAGCCUGCGGCAGCGCGCGGGGAUGCUGCCGCUGCGCGGUUUGGCGAGGAGCGCCGGCGAGAACUGGCGAGUGAGAGAAAACUGCUUUGGCAGAGUCAACGCGGGGCGGCGGAGCGGGCGGCGGCGUACCUGUUGAAGCGCAAAGAAGAGGCAAAGGAGGCACGCGAGGCAGCGCAGCGGCGGGCGGAGAAUGUGGCGGCUCUUGAGCAACGCAUCUCCGCGGGGCCUCAGGAGGACACGUCAAGGAGCGGCAAGGAGUUGGAGACACGGCGGGCGGCGGCGCUUAGGGCGCAGGAGGAGGCAGAAUUUGAGCGGAUGUUCCUCCGUGGGCCGUUGUCCUCCACUGAUGACUCGACGACUGCAGAGAACGAGGAGGAUGGGGAGGCUGAUGCGCGCUUCUUUCCUCUCUCCAGUGUGUCGUGUUUGUUGCCGGGCGACACGGAAGUUGCCGUGCAGCUACACCCGAGACCCUUUCAUGUGCACAUCACCCCCGACGAGGCGGAGGAAACGGCAGCGUCGGAGGCGGGAAGUGAGGCGCCAAGUGCGGCGUCCGCCGCACCGCAGCCGACAUUCAUGUCCCCGGGGGUGAUGCCAGACGGACGGACGCCAUCGCCAACUCACACGCCACGGUCUUUGGAGCACUCCGCGGGGCUGGAGGCGCCGCUGCCUGCUUCGCCACUGCCGCCACCACCGCCGCCAUCAACAAUUUCUUUAAGCCCACCAGCUGCGACCGCAACGAAGGCGGCUGUUGCAGAGCCUGCGUACACCCUUGACGACCCGCAGGGUCUGGCGCUGCAUCACGAACGAUUUCUUCGCAACCUCAAGGUACUGCAGGAUAAGCUGACGAAGGCGUCUUCUGCCGUCGCUGAAGACAGCGGGACGAUUGAUGCCUCCACGCUUCACGGAAACGUGAGUCUUAGCCCGAUGAGCUCUGUGCCCUCACCGGCACAUCGCCCUAGCAAAGAAGCACGUGAAGAGCGGGGCACCGAUGAGGAGGAAGAAGAGACCGGUACCUCAAGUACUGGCACAAGUGCCAAUAGUGGCAGCAGCAAUGAUAGCAGCAGUAUCAGCACCGGUCCGUCCCUGUCAUCCACGCACUCUCGCUCGUACCCCACUAUGACAGCGGAACAACUAAAGGCUGCGUUACUUCGACUGAAGUUGCGCAUGCGUUCGGUGUAG